AUUCUCCCUCAGAGUUUAUUUUUAGUUUUCCCAGCUGCAACCUUUACAAAGCGUGCCAUCAACAGACGCGAACACACACAGAAAUUCGGAGACGAAAAUUACUCAACAAUUUUUCUUGUUUCCUACUGAAGAUUUUAACAUUGAGCAAGAACCUCAAGAUGACAUGCAUACAACUUAGUGAUGUGGUUCUCCUUAAAGUUGUUUGAAAGCUAGCAGACAAAAGAGAAGACAGAGAACUGCCUGUGAAAUCGUUACAGAGCAACUUCCUCUUGGCUGUCACUUCCUUCCAAGUUGCAAGAUCUUCCUUAUUUUGUUGUUACUGUUGAUUUGAUCAAUUUGCUUAAAUAUUAUCUCCAUGCCGUCAGCUGUCAGUGCCACUGUGGUUCAAGAAACUGGGACUGGACUAAUUUCCCAUAGCCAUGCUAGCACAACUGCUGAAACAGGUGGAGGAACAGGAGGGAUUUACUCUGCUAUCCUCAGCCGCAACCAGCCCAUCACUGGAGUAAAGGAAAAGACUUAUCAUGAGCUGCAUAAGAAGUGCCUGGAAAAGAAGGUUCUUUACGAGGAUCCAGAUUUCCCAGCUAAUGACACCUCCCUCUUCUACAGUCAAAAGCUCCCUGUCAAAUUUGAGUGGAAGAGGCCACCAGAAAUUUGUGAAAAUCCACGCUUUAUAGUUGGUGGAGCCAACAGGACUGACAUUUGUCAAGGAGAACUAGGUGACUGCUGGUUCCUGGCAGCGAUUGCAUGUCUGACUCUGCAUGAAAAAUUGUUAUUCAGGGUCAUACCUCAAGACCAGGGCUUUGUGAAAGAUUAUGCUGGGAUCUUUCACUUCCAGUUCUGGCGUUUUGGAAGUUGGGUGGAAGUUAUCAUUGAUGACCGUUUACCAACCUAUGGCAAGCAACUGGUUUUCACCAAAUCCUCCCAGCAGAAUGAAUUCUGGAGUGCUUUACUGGAAAAAGCCUAUGCAAAGGUUCAUGGAUCCUACGAGGCACUUAAAGGAGGCAAUACCACUGAGGCCAUGGAAGAUUUCACAGGGGGUGUGACCGAAUUCUAUGAGAUAAAGGAUGCCCCUAAAGAUAUGUAUAAAAUCAUGAAGCAUGCCAUCGAGAGAGGCUCACUCAUGGCCUGCUCCAUUGAGGACAAUUCAGGAUUCAUUUAUGGAGCUACUCCUUCAACAAACAUUGGAUUAUUAAUUUCUGAGAUGUUGAAGAAUGCGAAUUAUGACUCUCCAAAUGAUUCCGCCCAAGAGAAAAGAGACAGGGUAACCAAGACUGUAGCUCCAAUGGUGUUUGAGAGGCGCAUGACUAAUGGACUAGUCACAGCUCAUGCCUAUUCAGUUACAGGUCUGGAUGAGACCACAUUUAAAGGGGAGAAGAUAAAACUGGUACGGCUGAGAAAUCCUUGGGGACAAGUAGAAUGGAAUGGAGCUUGGAGCGAUCGUUCAAAUGAAUGGAAUGUUAUUGAUGGCACAGAGAAACUCCGUUUGCAGUACAGAAUUGCGGAAGAUGGUGAAUUCUGGAUGUCCUUCCAAGAUUUCCUGAGGUACUUCACAAAGCUUGAAAUGUGUAAUCUCACACCAGACACUUUAGAGACAGAUAAGCUUCAAACUUGGACGGUUUCGGUCACCGAAGGGCGAUGGGUCCGAGGCUGCACAGCAGGGGGCUGCCGUAACUAUCCAGACACAUUUUGGACCAAUCCUCAGUAUCGUUUAAGACUCUUGGAAGAAGAUGAUGAUCCAGAAGAUGAUGAAAUUAUGUGUAGUUUUCUUGUUGCACUGAUGCAGAAGAACAGGAGGAAAGAACGGAGGCUGGGAGCCAAUCUUCUUACAAUUGGUUUUGCCAUCUAUGAGGUCCCAAAAGAGAUGCAGGGUGACAAGAAGCAUUUACAGAAGGAUUUUUUCCUCUAUAAUGCCUCCAAAGUAAAGUGCAAGAGUUACAUAAAUUUGAGAGAAGUUGCUGAACGUUUCCAGUUGCCUCCCAAUGAGUACGUCAUCAUCCCAUCCACAUAUGAGCCUCACCAAGAGGGCGAAUUUAUCCUGAGGGUUUUCUCUGAAAAACGAAGCCUUUCAGAGGAAGUUGAAAACAAGAUCGAAGUAGGAAAUAUUUCUCCAAUCAUCUUUGUCUCAGACAGAGCAAAGAAGAACAAGGAUCAGAAAGGUGGUGAGGGCCAUAACAAGGGCAAGGAUAAAACAUUCACAGAUAAGAAAAAGCCUGCAGAAAAAGAUUCUGAUAAGGAGAGUGAAGAAGACAAACAGUUCAGAAAUAUUUUUCACCAGCUUGCUGGAGAUGACAUGGAACUCAGUGCUGAUGAACUCAGGAAUGUCCUCAACAAUGUUCUGAAAAAACAUAAGGAACUGAAGACAGAAGGUUUUGCCCUGGAGUCCUGUCGCAGCAUGAUUGCCCUAAUGGACACAGAUGGUUCAGGGAAAAUAAACCUCGAUGAGUUUCGACACCUUUGGAAUAAAAUGAAAAGCUGGCAGAAAAUUUUCAAAUAUUAUGACACUGAUAACUCAGGAACUAUUAAGAGCUAUGAGAUGCGUAAUGCAGUUAAAGAUGCAGGGUUUCAGCUGAAUAACCAGUUGUACGACAUCAUAAUAAUGCGGUAUGCUGACAGAAAUAUGAACAUUGAGUUUGACAGCUUUAUCUGUUGCUUUGUGAGGCUUGAGGGAAUGUUCCGUGCAUUCCAUGCCUUUGAUAAAGAUGGAGAUGGUAUUAUUAAACUUAAUGUCUUAGAGUGGCUGCAGCUCACCAUGUAUGCCUGAAGGCAGGGAUUCCUGUUUUCCUCUCAAAAUAAUACUCUGAUUUUUGAUACAAAGAAGCGGCCAACAUUUACUAUGAGAACAGGAGCCUCUCUUUUCCCUUUGACAGGAAACAAGCAACACCCAUUUCUCUUUACCAGAUAAACCACUCAUUCAAGAUCAUUUACUGAUAACUGACAUCAGCAAUACAGCAUGUUCCCCAUGCCAGAUUGUCGAGUCUAGCAUUGCACCAGCACUGUCUGUUAGUUCUACAGGAUGUUUCCCCCAUCUCCCAUGAAGUGUUCCAUACUGCCCUAAAGGUUUUGGAGAUGUAUGGCAUGGAUACUAGAGAGUAGAGUGUUUCAAUCAGGAGAAAGCCUCCACUCAACCAUCAUCAUCAUCAAGUGCCAUUAAGCCAAUUCUGAUUUCUGACAACUCUUUUCAGGGUUUUGCA